ACCCAGGACCUCCCACCUCUGGGCCUGACUCUCAGUCCCCUCCUUUCUCUUUUUAAAGGUAUCUCUCCCCCCAGAGGAGUGCUGCUCUAUGGGCCUCCAGGUACAGGGAAGACUAUGAUCGCCAGGGCUGUUGCCAAUGAAGUGGGAGCCCACCUCUCUGUCAUCAAUGGUCCUGAAGUCAUAAGCAAGUUUUACGGUGCUUCGGAAGCGAGACUGCGGCAGAUCUUUGCUGAAGCCACCUUGAGGCAGCCCUCCAUUAUUUUCAUUGAUGAGCUGGACGCCCUUUGCCCGAAGAGAGAAGGGUCUGAGAGUGAGCUCGCCAAGAGGGUCGUGGCUUCUCUGCUGACCCUCAUGGACGGCAUUGGCUCUGAAGGGAGUGAAGGACGGGUUUUGGUCAUUGGCGCCACAAACCGGCCGCACAGCCUGGAUCCGGCCCUUCGAAGGCCAGGCCGCUUCGACAAGGAGAUCGAAAUCGGGGUCCCUAACGCCCAGGACCGCCUGGACAUCCUCCAGAAGCUGCUUCGGAAGGUCCCUCAUGCCCUCCGAGGGGAGGAAGUGGUCCGGCUGGCAAACAGCGCUCAUGGCUACGUGGGGGCCGACCUGAAGGCCCUGUGCAACGAGGCAGGGCUGCGGGCCUGGCGCCGAGUCCAGAGUGAGCUGCCCGACCUUCCUGAGGGCGAGGCACCGGAGCUGGCACGGAUGACUCUCAGCGACUUCCUCCGGGCCAUGAACGACGUCCGGCCCAGCGCCAUGAGGGAGGUGGCCAUCGACGUCCCUCGGGUCUCCUGGCUGGACAUCGGGGGCCUGGAAGACGUCAAACUCAAACUGAAGCAAGCUGUGGAGUGGCCUUUGAAGCAUCCAGAGGUCUUUGUCCGCAUGGGCAUUCGGCCGCCUACCGGGGUCCUUCUGUAUGGGCCUCCCGGCUGCUCCAAGACAAUGAUAGCCAAGGCCCUGGCCAGUGAGAGCGGCCUGAACUUCUUGGCAGUGAAGGGACCUGAAUUAAUGGAUAAAUACGUUGGUCAGUCGGAACGAGCAGUCAGAGAGGUCUUCAGGAAAGCCCGAGCAGUGGCCCCGUCGAUCCUUUUCUUCGACGAGCUGGACGCCUUGGCGGUCGAAAGGGGCAGCUCUUCAGGUGCCGGAAACGUAGCCGACCGAGUUUUGGCCCAACUCUUGACGGAAAUGGACGGGAUCGAGCAGCUCAAAGACGUCGUCGUUCUGGCAGCUACCAAUCGGCCAGAUAAGAUUGACAAGGCUUUGAUGCGCCCUGGGAGGUUUGACCGGAUCAUCUACGUCCCCUUGCCCGACGCAGCCACGAGGAGGGAGAUAUUCAAGCUGCAGUUUUCCUCCAAGCCCGUCGGCCUGGACGUGGAUGUGGAAGAACUCGUUUGCCGGACAGAUACCUACUCGGGAGCUGAGAUUACAGCAGUCUGUUCAGAGGCAGGCCUCCUUGCUCUUGAAGAAGAUAUACAAGCCAAAUUUAUCAUGAGAAGACACUUCAUCGAGGCAUUGAACAUCGUGACCCCGAGAAUUCCUGAAUCCUUGAGGCAUUUUUAUGCAGAUUAUCAUAAAAAUGGACGACACACGUGCUGAAAAAAUAAUAUAGUCUAUCCAGGCACCUUUUUAAAAGAAAACUUGAUUUCCUAUAGACAGCAUGGCUGGAGGUGGCCAAAAUGUUCCUUCUUGUAAGUGGAAUAUCCGAAACCAACUUGGGUAGAAUCGAUUGGCUGCCAGUCCUCCAAUAAAGAUGGAGAGAAACCAUUUGAAUUGGGUGAACUCAAUGGAAAGAACUAGGGACUCAGUUUUACAAUGAAUUAUUGUAAUCUGGGUUUUAUUCUAGUCUUCUGAUUUCAAUCAGAUUUCAAUCUAGAAAUGUUUGCCAGUAUUUUCACCGAUGCAUUGGCAACACAGCUAUUUGUGAGUCUCAUCUUCUCCUUCCCAGAUCGGGCACUAGAAAUCCCUUCUUUCCUUCCAAUUUUUAUUGAUUUCAGAGUUAAUGCUAUAAAUAAAACAUAAUCCUGCCUGA